AUGCAUUUUUAUCUACAUAUUGCAUUCACAAUAUGUGCACUCGUCAGCUCACUCCUCGGACUAUGUCUGUAUCGAAUCUAUUUCCAUCGCCUGCGAAAACACCCAGGCCCAUUACUAGCCAGUAUAACAAACUGGUACGCUGCAUACUAUGUAUGGAAUGGCAAUAUUCACCUGAAGCUACGGGAGUGGCAUGAGAUACAUGGCGAUAUCGUACGAUUCGGCCCUGAUUCAAUAUCAGUCAACUCAUACGAUGCGUUAUCACAAAUAUAUUCAGCGCGAGCCAACGUGCGCAAGGAUGAUGCCUACUCCGUGAUGAGUGCCAGUACCCAUAUUCCAAGCACCAUCAGCUGCUUGGAUAAGAAACAACACGCUUCUAAGCGGAGGAUCCUUGCACAGCUAUUCACCGAGACAGCGCUGAAAGGGGUGGAACAUCGUGUUUUGUCUAAUAUUGACAUUUUUUGCACCUAUCUCGGUGCUGACAAUCCGAGCACAUGGGGGAGUGCAAGGAAUGUCGCCGUAUGGUCGGACUACUUGACCUUUGACAUCAUCAGUAAUCUCUGCUAUGGGAAAGCCUUCAACCUCCUUGGUUCAGAAGCGCUCAGGUAUAUCCCAGGAGUCAUUGGCCAUGUGAGCCGUCGAAAUGCCAUUUGCUUUGUCCAGCCAAGUAUAUAUAAAUACAAGCUUGACCGAAUUUUCCUAUCAACCAUUUCCUCUCAGAUUCGGGAUUUUGGACUUUGGAUCAAAGUGCAGGCCAAGGCCCGUCUGAAUACGAGAGAACAAAACAACUCCAGCGACUUUUUUGAUUACCUGACUACAGCAAAAGACGCAAAGACGCAAAGAUCCCUGAGCCAAAAAGAGAUAUGGGUGGAACUUCUUCAGUUGGUUAUUGCAGGGUCGGAUACCACAGCUGUAGCAAUAAGUGCAGUAUUCUUCCACCUCCUACAAACCCCAGAUGCUUUGUCUCGAACAACAACAGAGAUUCUCACUACAAUCAAAGACGUCAACGAGAUCCGUCCCGGGAACCUGUUGAGGUCAUGCGAGUUUCUAUACGCUUGCAUCAAUGAGGCUUUACGCCUUUCGCCGCCUGUCACAGGCUUGGCCCCUCGUAGGGUUCUUUCGGGCGGUAUCAGCAUUGACGGGGCGCAUUUCCCGGCAGGAACCAUCAUCGGAUCCCCCAUCUAUACGCUUCAUCGAAACCCGAAGUACUUCCCAAAUCCUGAUUCGUUUAUUCCCAGCCGCUGGUUGACUUCACCGAGUACUAGACGGUCUCCAUUUUGCCCUUUUAGUGUUGGACCCCGCGCGUGUGUUGCAAAAAGGCUCGCCAUGGAUGAAAUAAGCGUUACUAUCGCACGGACGCUCUUCCUAUACGAGAUGCGCUUGGACAAAGCUUCCACAGGGGUGACGGAUUAUCGGUUAAAAGGCUGGAUGACAUCUGGUCGAGAUGGACCAUUUGUUCAGUUUAAGCCGAGGUCGCCAUAA